AUUAGCAGAAGAUGAAGCGGAUGCAGAAUUAUCUAAAUUGAAGCAAGAAGAAGAGGACUUGGAGAAAGAACUUCAGGCACUGGACAAUGAGAUGAAAGACUUGGAUAAACAAGAAGAAGACUUUUGGGAAAAGAGUAACGAAUACCAAUUGAACCUACAAAACUUCCAAAACGAAAGAGACGCCAUUAAUUUGAAAUACGAUCAUGAUGUAAGACAAUAUGAUCGACUACAAAAGACAGUGGUUUACAAUGAUGCGUUUUGUAUAUCGCAUGAUGGCGCAUUUGGUACAAUUAAUGGCUUUAGAUUGGGCAGGAUAGGACCGAAUCAAGUGGAAUGGAACGAAAUUAAUGCGGCUUGGGGCCAAACGCUUUUAUUAUUAUAUACUGUUGCCAGUAAGCUCAAGUUCCAAUUUAAUAUGUAUAGGCUUGUGCCUAUGGGGUCUUUUUCGAGGGUAGAAAAAGUGGAUGGAGAUAGCGUUGUAUCUUAUGAGCUAUAUGGAUCUGGUGACUUUGGAAUUAACAAGAUGUUCUUUUUAAACCGCCGAUUUGAUCAUGCUAUGGUAGCUGUCCUGAACUGCUUAAAACAACUGACUGACUAUGCUGAAGAAAGGGAUAAAAGUUUAAGGUUACCUUAUCGAAUUAAUAAGGAUAAAAUUGGUGAAUUAUCAAUCCGAGUUCAAUUUAACCAAGAUGAACUUUGGACAAAAGCACUGAAAUAUAUGUUGACAAAUAUGAAGUGGAUUUUAGUAUUUGCCAGUAGAGCAAAUAUAUCCUCUGAAUCCACUCUUACAGAUACCACCUAAAAUAAAAUCCUUCUUUUUUCUUUUAUGCGGCGGGGUGUCUAAUGAUUUGUUUAUCCUUUCUUUUUCUUUUUUCUUUUUUUUUUUGCAAUGAGAAGAAGAGCUGCUGGUUAUGCUAAUGUGCAUAAUAGAGAGCGAGCAGGUGUAAGAUGGUAAAAGCAGGGCAUGUAUGCGAUGCAAUCAUUUGACAAGCCCCUCCCUUUUCUAGAAAGAGUACCAUCAAAUCGGUGCUUCGAUUGCUGCCAAGGAAUUGGAACAGGUGAGUUAUAGUUGGGCGUAAAAGACGAAUCGCAAAGG